AUGUCAGUGUGGAAUUUUGAUCGAUCACAAAGACAAUUUUGUAGCCAAGCAAGUGGUGAUUGCACAUCAGCUCAUUCGGGAAGAGUUGGUACACGAAGCUUCCCAAGUAUAACUGAACGUUUGAAGAACUGGGGACCACUUCCAGCAGGCACCUACGAUGUUACAAGUUGUGACACGUCAAGUGGGAUGAAGCGAUGUAACCUAAGCCCAAGGGCUGGAACCGAAAUGUAUGGAAGAGAAAAUUUCCAAGUUCAUGAACCUUCUCCUAAAUUAUUUAAACGAAUAUUAACUAUGGAUAGCAACGGUUGUAUAGUUACAGAAGCAGUUAAAUUUGUGAAACCUGGAGAUACAGUUAAUGUUCACGAUUAA